GUGCUUCGAAUGCUUAUGGAUGAAGAAGAUGACACACCAAUCAAAAUCCGUCAACAACCGACCAAAGAUUUGGACGAGAAAUUGCGAAUGGACGCUGCAAAAGCUUCAGUGCUGAGCGCAAGUUCGCCACCACCGCCCAAGCGGGCCUCACCGGAUCGUCUGGCCGAGUUGAUCGAAGAGCCGGACGAGCCGAGUAAGACGGUCCUGCGACGAAUCAUUCGUGACGAGGAUCUGCCCGACUCUAUUGGGCCAGAUUCACCUUUCCGCCAUCAUCCUAAAUACCAGUUGAAAUUUCCAAAAAUAUCUUUGGUCAUUGAAAAUCAUAUCCUUGAAAAGUUCUCCCGAUUACCUAAGGAAUCUGUAGAACGUGAACUUUAA